AUGGAUAGAACUUUGUUACUUAACGGGCAAACGCCCAUAACUACUUAAAAAUCCUCUACAAAGAAGAGAGUCGUUCGUGACUUAGCUAUAUUCUCAGUUGGAUUUGCAAUUUGCUACGCUUUAAUCUCUUCAUCAUAAAGUUCCAAUCUAGAUGGAGUCUAAAACACCUAGACUCUUUUGUCCACGGAAUCAAGUAGCUUCACUUUAGAAGAAUCAAGCACUCUCAAGUGGAGCCAAGCUGGUCAUUUUGCAGAUAUUGCUUUCUCUCCAAGUGGAGAUUUCUAUGGAAUCUAAGAGUACGGACAAGAUAAAACCAUAUCCAGACUUGCUUAUAAGUUUAACUUUGAUAAUGGACUUUGGAGCCCACUCGAUAAGAGCCUCUAAGUCAAAGAUAUCAAGUUUGAUAAGGCUGGUAACUUCUACCUCCUAGAUACCAGCAACUAAGUGUAUGCCCAGAAUUCAAAGUCUGCUGUAAUUCUUAAGGACAUUCAAGACUUUGUAGUUGGCUCUAAUGGAAUGAUCUACGCUAUCUCUUCAAAUCCAUCUCAACCAAAUUCUGUAAAAUGGAUCAAAGGUGAUGGAUUCUAGUAUAAGCUACUUUCACCAUAAAGUUUCUCCAAACUAGUCUUGAAAGAUGACCAACCUCUCUUUGUUGAUGCUAAUGGUAAGACUGUUAGUUAUGGAGAAAAAUGCGUGAAAGAUAUAACCGUCGGUGCUGAUAGCAGUGUAUGGGCUCUAAGUUGUGAAAAGAGAGGAGAAUUAGGCGAUUUCAAACUUAUAAAAUGGGAUCCCUCAACACUUUAAUGGUUAAACGUUAACAAUGCUUUCGGAGUCAAGGUUGCCGCCUUCAAUGAAACCUCAAUUUCAGUUCUUGAUUCCCAAGGUAGAAUUCAGUUCUCUUCAGAAUUAAGUCAAGAACCUGAAGAAAAACCAAACUCAAAGCUUUUUAUCGACUCAAAAAUCCUAAAUUAGACUAACUUGGGAUUUGUUCAAAGUCUUGUUGAUGAGAAAUAUACAGUCUCCAUUAUUUGCUGGAGAGCUAGCGAUAAUGGAUUUAGAUCUAGAGAUUUCCACAACGCUUGUGACUUUACAGGUCCAACUCUCACAAUUCUUAAGACAACUAAAGGCAGAAUUGCUGGAGGAUACACUUCUAAGACCUGGACCAACAGUUUUUCAUGGAUUACAGAUAAGGAUGCUUUCCUUUACUCUGCUGAUCACCAAGUUAAAAUCCCUAUUAAGGAGGGAGGUGUUGAUGCCAUAUAUGAUGACCAUAACUUCGGUCCUACUUUUGGAAGGGGAUUUGAUCUUUAUGUUGCAUCUGGAUCAGAUGGAUCUGACAGAAACAGAAGAAACUAUGCUAACCUUGGCACUUCUUACACCCUUCCAGAAGGUGUUUCAGCAGGUAGUAACGAGGCCCACAGUUUCUUAUUUGGAGAAUACUAUUAUGUCACAACUGAGUUAGAAGUCUAUACCCUUCUAUGA